UACAUUUCAAACCUCAAACAAGGGAAGAUAAAAAGGUUUCAAUGCUGUAAUGCAAAAUUAUGAAGUUCUGAUAAUAAUGUAAACAGAAAUUGUGACUUUGUGAUUGUGAAGUUGUGGUAUGUUUAGUUAAGUGCCUCAGUCUAUAUUUACAUUUCACACAUUUCUCCCACUUGGUAAUACCAAGGACUGGAAAAACUUAAAUCACUUUGCAAAUUUGCUCACACAUAAAAAUAUAAACAGUGACAUGAUUUGAGAUUGGCGUGGAUGUUGCUGCGUUUUCAAAGGGAAGGCACAGGACCAACACAGAUGUCUAAUAGAUGACUUCAUGCUAUCCAUCCAUUCUGUUCACUACUUAUGUAACUUCAGCAAUUAAACACCAGCAAGUACAUUCUAAGAAAAAAGGCUAAUCAUAACCUCAUCACCACCAGCAAUGUUUGUACCCACACUGAAAAAGGGACAUUUCAGCAGUUUGGCACACCUCUCUCUCGCUCUUUGGGAGGAGUCAGAGGGGCUGUUUAGUUUACAUUCAUUUGACUUCACACAGACGCUUAACGUUAGUUUGUAAGAGAGAAAACAUUGAUGCAACACUCUCUGACCCUGAGGCGCCGAUCUGCAAGAUGCACUGCUAUGGGGAUUUGGUCAACUAUCUCUGCUGUGGGAUGAUCCUGGCAGGACUGGGGCACAUUGUCCAUCACAGGAAGACACAGCCCUCCUAUGGACGCCACAUGGAACUCUCUCUUGCAGCUCGGAUGAUCCCAGCCAGACUGGCCUGGUUCAUCCAGGAGAUGCCAGCUCUCCUGGUCCCCCUACUUUUGACACUCACCUCACACAAACCGUCCAGUAUGGGGAAGUACCUGCUGCUUGGGACCUUCUGCAUUCACUACUUUCAAAGGACAUUUAUCUAUUCACUACUGACCAGAGGAAAGCCUUUCCCGUUGAGUGUGAUGGUAUCAGCAGGUUUAUUCUGCACUGUGAAUGGUUUCCUGCAGGGACACUACCUGCUGCACUGUGUCCACUUUGAUGAUGAAUGGUCCGCUGACUAUCGCUUUAAAACUGGUUUGCUCCUGUUUUACAUUGGAAUGGCCAUCAAUAUACACAGUGACUAUAUUCUACGCAACCUGAGGAAACCAGGAGAAGUCGUUUACAAGAUUCCCAAAGGAGGUCUGUUUGAAUAUGUGUCUGGUGCCAACUACCUAGGAGAGAUAGUGGAGUGGUUCGGCUAUGCUCUAGCCACCUGGUCCCUUCCAGCACUCUCGUUUGCUGUGUUUAGCCUGUGUUUUAUUGGACCGAGAGCCUAUUACCAUCACAGGUUCUACAAAGAGAAAUUCAAUGACUAUCCCAAGUUUCGAAAGGCUUUGAUUCCAUUCAUCCUCUGAGAGAAAAAAAAAAAACUGGGCUGCUGUCUCGUGAGAGCAGUUGAUGAUUGAACCGCCUGAAGAAGACAGUGUACUCCCAUUACUGUAUUUUUUAUUUUUUUUGACAGAGACAGCUGAAGAGUGACAGGAAUGUGGAGAGAGAGAUGGAGAAC